AUGCGCGUGUGUCUCCUUCUCUUCGUAACAACGAUCUUCCUCGGCAUAGCCAAAGCUGACCUGCGACAUGCCAAACAAAAUAUUGUUUAUUUCCUGGCUUACCGAUUGGAACUAUAUAUGGAUGAGGCAGAUCGCAUAAUCGGGGUUAAGUGCGCGUCCGCCGAUUACUCAACACAUAGGUGCUUGGAUCCUCCUGAUGGCAAGCCCAAAUAUAAGCACUGCAAGGGGACAGUUUCCACCGUCAUUAGGGGCAGGACAAUUCCAUACACUUGCAAUUUGCGAGAGUUCCUUAGCCACAUCAGCGGGAACAAAGGUUAUCGAAAGGGCGACCCCUUGGAUGGAGGUGAAAAGAAGAACUAUAGAGACGAGACUCUUCUUGGGAGACGAGUUGGGGAGAACACGCUGGACUUUGACGUUGACUAUGCGGCCCACAACAUGAACAAUAAAGGUAUCGGUAAUUUAAAGACCGAAGAAUAUUGCAUGGUGAAAGAUGGUCAGGAAUUCCUCCCAUCCAUUGACAAAAUCGCCAGGAGAGUUGGCGAGGUCAAAGAAGGCAUGUCUGCCUCCGAGAUUAAUGAGCACGGCCCUACAUUCAAGGGACUAGAUGCCGCCGUGGAUGGCAUAGUUAUUGAACGCAGGGGCGAUCAUGAGAAAGCACUCAUUCAACAGUUGAACAAGGUUUCGCCAGAGUUUAAAGUCUCUGUCAAAAACCUUUCUCCAGGUCGCCAGGUGCUUGAGUAUGAGUUAACCAUGGACCGAGUAAAGGCCGGCGCCCCAAACACUGCGACAUACGAGCUUAGAAAAAGGUUGCUCGACAACGUCAUCGCCGCUUACGAGGCCGCACCUGAGUCACAAAAGCACGUGGCACCUAUAAAGAAAUGGCAACUUACGAAAGAUCUUAUGGUGCCUGUAAAAGGAUGCGCGCUGCGCCCCCCACCAAAGAACAUCUCCUAG